GUCCCACAAAUCACCGGCAGCACAAACUUAUUGAACCAUAACAAAAAGGCCUAACUAAUCAAUCAAUCACGCACACCUCCUCCAAUGGUAUCUCUUCCGAUACCUCAGUUCCUGAAAUCCCUCUUCGAUUCCUUCCCGCUCCGGACUUACCCCGCGAAUCCACUCCCCUCCCGGUGCCCGAAAUUUGGCACCACACCGUCAUUGUACGCCUUCGCCACGCCCGAGGACGCAGUCGCCGGCAACCCGAGCUUCAACCCGAGCUGCUUGAAAUGGCAGGUAUGUCUAAGAAAUUCGUCAUAUUGUCAUUGAGUCUUGCUUUUAUUUUUGCCUUACCGGAAUUUUCUUCUUUGAUUUUUUAAAAAAGACAAGAAUACUAUGACGAAGGGAAGAAAGGGGAAUCCGACGGCUGAGCUUUUGUGGGAGUUUUGUUUAGGCGUAUCUGAAGUUCUAUGGAGUCGAGUUUAAAACGGUCCCGUCGAAUAACCACGCUUCGCCGACGGGUGCACUCCCUUUCAUAAUCUCACAGCAGAAGUCCAUGUCCGAAUCCAUGGAGGUGGAAGUCGUCCCAUCGGAUAAGCUCGCCUCAUGGAUCGAGGAGCAUGGGUGUUCGUUGGAUGUGAUUGAUACGGAUAGUGCUCAGGUGAAGGCUUUUCUGGUGUUGGUUAAUAAUCAGUUGAGGGACGCUUGGGUAGCUUUUCUAACCCCCUCCCAACAGCUCUCUUUCACACUCUCUUGGCCUCUUGGUGCCAUUGUUAAUUUACUAAGUUGACCACGUAUGUGUGUUUGUGCGGUGUUAGUUAUACGCCCUCUACCUCGAACCGAAUAACUCGCAAGAUCUGGCCGGUAAAUUAUACUGUGGGAGUUCCGUUUCUGCCGUUUCUUCAUUUCUCCUGCGGCAGGCCAAGGCUGCUGCACGACAACAGGUACUGCAAGCCUAUCCUGGAGGAGUCCUUGACCCGCGCAGGAUAUAUGCCGAUGCUGGUGCUGCCCUUGAAGCUAUCUCUACGAUGCUAGGCAAAGAUACGUGGUUUUUUGGCGGCGGAGAUCCGGGGUUGUUUGACGCUUCGGUGUUUGCCUACACGCAUCUGAUUUUGAACCUCAGAUGGCACACUGGGGAGAACACACUUUUCAGGGCUGUUAUGGAGCAUGAUAAUUUGCUGGGCCAUGAAAGGAGAAUUCGGGACGCGUUCUUUCCGGAGGCUAACACUCCAGACGCAAACAAACCGUUAGGCUCGGAAAGCUAGAAAAAAAAAAGGUCGAGAAACACAAGCAAUUGUGUACCGUAGGAGCUGGAAUAGUUGGAUCCUACGCUAAGGCGUCUAGUAUUCCCCUCUUUGGGUAAGAGGGGGGAUCGCCCCUGGGAAUACUAGGAUUUAGUCCUCCGUUAUGGCAGAUAAAAAGAAAAAUACAGUAGACUUUACCAGGAGCGGCACCCCAACGUCCCAGCGUGAUUCUUGGUUAUUCCAGUUCUUGCGGUACACAAAGGCAUUGGGUCCAUCUUUCCACUGUAUUAAUAGUAUAUCAUGAGCUAGAUUACGUUUACCGUGUUCUAUCAUGGUUUGUUUAAAUAACAGGUGUCGUAUCCUAGUCUAAGUCCAAGCAAAAUGCCAUGGCAGCAUGCAUCUUGAUUCCAAUCCACUUUUCUGCUCUCUUCCCCAGCUGCUGCGCAUGCUCAGCAUUGUCAACACCCCUCUCCUCCACCUCUCCCAACAACCGCAAACCAACUUCCCUAGCAGCCUUCAAAAUACCUUCAAUCGAAUGAUUAAAAGACACACCCUGGAUCUUGACCUCCUGGUCACCUUCCUUUGCUACGAACCCGGCUCUAGAAGAUAGCCCUUGCUCGGGAUGCAUGUUCGUCAAGUACAUCCACCCCCCCUUCUUCAAGGCCUCCUUCACGGCUCCAAAGAACACAUCUAAUCGGAGGUGUUCCAUAACCAGCGUGCAGACAACAGCAUCAACCCCCCUCGCCUCUUGGGGAAUCUGGGAAUCCGCCUCAAUGUCAUGGAGCACCCAGGUGAUCUUUACAUCCCGUCGGGGCUCGGUAUCGAUUCGCGCCUUUGCCUUAGACAUCAUCCCCUCGCUCAUAUCCAUCGCGACAAUCUCUGUCGCUUCGGGGAGCAAGCGGUAGAGUUUGGCGGUGUGGCGGCCCGUGCCGCACCCUAGGUCUAGAAUUCUGGAGGGAGGGCGGGUGCUUAGGAGGCCUGGGACCGUUGCAUUGAAAGCCUCGUCGUCUUGAAGUUGAAGAAUGUUCCCAUCAUGAUCGUAGACCUGUUUUGCAUGUUGGCUCCAUCCACUAUACUCUCUAUGGGCAAAGGACUUACGUCUGCCCACUGGUUGUAGGCAUCUGCUGUGGGGAGUCGUUUAAUAGGGCGAACUGGUUUGGACAUGUUGAUGAUUCCGACAAAUUUCGAUAAUUGUUGGUGAAUUGUGGUGACUAUUGAUGAGGUCCGCUCAACGCGGACUUUUGAGCGAAUGAUCUACCUCGGACGUGAGUCACAGAACCCAGCGAUAUAUGUAGAGGAAAUUUUUGGGUGCCACAGUAUCGUAUGCCGAGACUAAGCGAGUCUUAGUACUGGGGGAUAUUUUAUGCCAUAGCAUUAAAGCCUAUGUGUUGUAUCUCGUGUAAGAGGUGGGCUCGUGUCAUGGUAUUCCGCGGCACGGUUCAUUCGAUAUACCUUAUGACAUGG